CUGAGACCUGGGCCACAGUUAGCAGGCCACCUAUCCCGCCUACCACCAGAUCAGAGUGAUAUCCUGAGUCGUGACACUCCUAUGGACAUCUCCACCCCCUCCUCUCCCAGCUGCUCCCCCAUGCCGCCGUCUCCACAGCCAGAAGCUCCCUUAGUGAAAGUCCCCUGGCUUCAGGUCACACCGACCGCAGCUCCAAAAGACCUAAGACCAUCAGAGCCUACCAACGCCAAGUCUGCGCAGGUGCAACCGCGAGUCCCACAGGGCGGGGCGUUCAACAGGCCCUGCCUACACAGGCUCAAGUACUUCCUGCGCCCUCCCGUCCAUCACCUCUUCUUCCAGACACUAAUCCCUGAUAAAGACACCCGGGAGAGCAAAGGUCAAAAAUUAGAACCCAUCCCUAAUCGAAGACUAAGGAUGGUGGCCAACACGAUUGAAGAAAACUUCCCCCUGGGGACCGUGCAGUUUUUGAUGGAUUUCGUGUCACCGCAGCAUUACCCACCCAGAGACAUCGUGGCUCACAUCAUCCAGAAAAUACUGCUCAGCGGCUCCGAGACCGUGGAUGUCCUCAAAGAAGCCUACAUGCUACUCAUGAAAAUCCAACAGCUACAUCCAGCCAAUGCCAAAGCAGUAGAGUGGGACUGGAAACUGCUCACCUAUGUCAUGGAAGAAGAGGGUCAGACUCUGCCCGGGAGAGUCCUGUUUCUGCGUUACGUGGUGCAGACCCUGGAAGACGACUUCCAGCAGACGCUGAGGAGGCAAAGACAUCACCUGCAGCAGUCCAUCGCCAACACCGUGCUCUCCUGCGACAAGCAGCCCCACAAUGUCAGAGAUGUUAUCAAGUGGUUGGUCAAGGCUGUCACUGAAGAUGGACUUGCUCCGCCCUCCGAGGGGACUCAGACCUCUUCAGGAAGCGGAAUCUCAAAGGCCAGCACCAUCCACCCUUCUUCGCCCCAGACGAACCUGACCAAGACCACCAACCAGCUGAUCGUGUGCCAGCUUCAGCGGAUGCUAUCUAUCGCUGUGGAGGUCGACAGGACGCCCACCUGCAGCUCCAACAAGAUCGCUGAGAUGAUGUUUGGGUUUGUGCUGGACAUUCCUGAGAGGAGCCAGAGGGAGAUGUUCUUCAGCACCAUGGAAAGCCACCUUCUGCGCUGCAAAGUGCUGGAAAUCAUCUUCCUGCACGGCUGCCAGACACCCACGCGCCUGCCCUUGUCCCUGGCCCAGGCCCUGUAUUUCCUGAACAACUCCACAUCUCUGCUCAAGUGCCAGCAAUCAGAGAAAAGCCAGUGGCAGAUUUGGGACGAGCUGGUUGAACACCUUCAGUUUCUCUUGUCUAGUUACCAACACGUCUUAAGAGAGCACCUCCGGAGCUCGGUGAUCGACCGCAAGGACUUAAUCAUCAAGAGGAUCAAGCCCAAACCCCAGCAAGGCGACGACAUCACCGUGGUGGAUGUGGAGAAGCAGAUCGAGGCCUUCCGCGGCCGCCUGGUCCAAAUUCUCGGGGAGCCCCUGGUCCCCCAGCUCCAAGACAAAGUGCAUUUGUUGAAGCUGCUGCUCUUCUACGCCGCUGACUUGAACCCCGACACCGAGCCGGGCCCGAAGCGCUGGAGCCAUUCGUGAGGGCCUCCCAAGCAACCGCACACCAAGAAUACCUCCAAACUCUUCCUCCAAGCACUUAGCGGCUCCCAAGUAAUACUAUAUGCAC